GUGGAAAGAACCCAGGCGUCCGAGCUCCCCAGAGGCCCCACCCCCUGCCCAAUCCCGUCCUUCCUGAAACGCGACCAGCUGCUGGAUUCUCCCAUCUAGGGCUGGGCGCGGAGCCGCUCCCCUCCCUGCCACGCUCCCGGCCGCCGCUCCCCACACUCGGGGGGUGCUCGGUGCCCCGGACCCCGCUGCGAGGCCGGACGGGAGCAGCCAUGGAGCGAGAUCCCCCCCCGCCCCCAGCAGGGGGACUCCUGAUACUGGGGUGACCCAGCAUUGAGGAUGGGAGCCUGAAAAAACCAGCUGCUGUAUCUUUCAUGGGAUUUCGGGGGGUUCCUGUCCCAGGGAGUCAGGGGAGUGAAACUGGUGAAGCUUGGUAUUUUUCCAAGGGUCAGUGUUUCGUGGGGGGGGCGGACAAUUCUUGCCGGCAGAAGAGACACGUUGGGGUGGAUUGAACUGGCUGGUGUGUGGAUUUUUUGGGGUGAAUUAGCACCAUUUCUAGUGGAUACAACUCAAGGGCUGAAAUUAACAAGGAGCCGUAUUUUUGGGGGUGUCCGAGCUCUGUCCCCAGCCCAGAGAAUUUGGGGGUGAAAUCAACAAGGAUUUGUCUUUGUCAGAGGAAAGGAUAUUUUGGGGUUCUGUUAGCCCUGGUGCCGGUGGAUAAAAUUGGACCUCGACAACACCCAUCCCGACUGGCUGAGGGACCAGUAUUUUGGGGCAAAGGACCCUUGGCCCAGCAGAGACGACUGAGGGAGAUUCGGAUCUUUGGGUGACAGCAGCUGCCAGCCGGACUGAAGUAACCUGGACACGGAGGAAAUUCGUGGCUAUUGUGGGGUGAAAGGUCCCUGAUACUGCAAAAUCGAGGAGCUGGCGUCUGGUUCUGGGAAGCAGCACAGGACCCUGAACUAACCAGGUGUUUGUGGAAGGCGGCUUUAGAGGGGAAAACGCCCCAGAGAGAGUUUUGGGGAGGCCAGUGCAUUGGAGAGGGGAGCUGGCUGGUCCCCCAAGGUCUGGACCCCCUCACUGUUCCCUCCGCCCCCCCCCCACUCCAGUGCUGAUUUUAUUUGGGGUGUUGGAUUUUCGCCGGUUUCCACCAUGUCCCUAAACAGAGCCAAGGCCUGGCUGACAAAACUGUGCUGGUGGGGGCCCGAGGCAGGAAAAGAGGGUGGGCCGACGGAGGCCCCCCGGAAAUCCCAGCGAUGGGGUGCUCAGCGCCUCCUGGCUCUGAUCGGCUGGGGACACGCCGAGGAUCCGGGCCCCGCCCCAGGAGAAGGCCUCUUCUCUAGGAUCUCCCAGGUCCCUCAGUAUCUGUCCCCCCACCAGCCGCCAGCCGACAUCCCGGAGCAUUUCCAGAUCUGUUUCAACUUCGCCCGGCACCUCUUUGACCUCUGCGUGGUGACUCUGCUUUGUGCCUGCUCCCCGGCUUUCCGGCUGCUCCUGGAUAUUUUGGGGUUCAGGGGGCCCCUGAAAGUCUGGCUCCAUGGGCUGGCCACCUUCCUUGUCACCACCUACGGGAUGUACCUGGCCCUGUGGCUGGUCCAGAAAUACCUGCUGCAGUUUGCCUGCCUCUACGGCUUCCUGCAGACGCUGGUGCUGUGCGUGAGCAUCCGGGCCGCCGAGGAGGAGGGGCAGAGCGGGGGGGACCCGGGGGGUGUGGACCCCAGCAGUGGGGCAGAGGCAGAGAGGACGGAGUGACAGCCCCACCCCUCCGCCUCGCACCUCAGCAAUAAACCUCAGAGUCACCAGCGCCUGGGCGUGCGUGCGAGGACCGAGCUCCGCCCACCUUUCACGCAGAGACACGAGACUCCACCCCCAGCACUAUGGGGGUGAGGGCACCAGGCCUUAGCCCCGCCCCCCUUGGGUACAGAGACACGAGACUCCGCCCCCAGGCACUUGUGCGAGGGGGUGGGGGACUGGCUGGCUCAGGAGUUUCGGGGUGUGUGCGGGGGAUCAGAACCACUACAGGGAAGGAACCAAUCAGAACCGCUGGGAUCCAGCCAAGCUGCAAGUGGAUCUGCGGGGGGAGGGGGAAGCGGAUCGGAACUGCUCUGGAUCAGGGAGGGCGAAGGGAUUUGGGACCACAGGGAAGGGACAAAUGGGGGGUGGGCAGGAUCCAGGGGGUCAGAACUGAGGGAUUGGAUCUAGCUGAGCCAUGGGAGGAGGGAUUCUGUAUUGGGGGAUGAGGGGGGAGAUCCAGGAGUGGGGAACAAUGGGGGGGGUCUCUUUUUAGCAAUAACCCCCUUCCUUGGCGGUGGAUGCCAAGGGAGGGGACUCCCAGGGAGGGUCUGACAAGGGAGAUGGCGGGGUGAGAGGGAGAGAACAUGACGGAGGGAGAGGGGAGGUCUAGACUCCACCCCCUGCAUCCGGGCUUCCAGAUGAGGUGAUCCCAUGUUCCCACUCUAGAAUAAUCUAGAACGUGACUUAGGUCUCCCAUCUCAGGUGUGGUGGGGAUGGACCCUGUCGCUCUCUUAUACACCAACCUCCCCCCAGCCAUCGCUUCCAAUCUUGCUGCUGAUCUAGAGCGAACCUCACCGUGGUGACGUUAUCUAGAACUGACCGCCACAGCCAGCCUUCAGGGUGUGGGCCGUGGUCUUUAAGGAACACUACAUCCCAUCCCCACGCCAGAGUAAUCUAGAACAACCCAGAUGGGAAAUACAAGGCAUGAUCCAAAACCUUGGUGACCGAUCUAGAAAUAAGAGGUGCCGGUGAUAGUCUAGAACAUGCCACCAACCCCACCGGCCCUACGUGCUACUGGGACAGGCCAUCACCCAAUCUAGACCCUGCUGUUAUAAUCUAGAACCUCUCCUGAGGGAGGCCUGCUGGUCUGCGGGCUAGAGCCAGUCCCUCUGGGAAGCCUCUGGCAUCUGACCUAGAACAGACCUCUGGUCUCCACCUCUUUUGCCAUCAGCCAUCACACAAGCUCUAGAACAAGGACCCUAUUUAGACACAAUCUAGAGCACCCCAAGUGCCCGCUUUGCCACACAGUCAAGAGCGAGCCUGCUAUCUCUGUAGGACACUCUGUCCCUUUGCAAUGAUUCUCACCAGCACCCCCGUCUCUCUGCAAUCUAGAACGAACCCUCUGGCUCCUGGAUGGGAUCUAGAAGGUCACUCCCCUUGCCUUAUGUUCUAGCCCAUGCACUCGCUGCUGAGAUAUCAUCUAUUGCAGCCCCCAGUACCUCCCUCUCAAUCUACACUGCUCCAGAGACCCCAAGUGAUCUAGAACAUGCUCUGGGACACAGUCCAGAACCCCACCCCCCUUUGUGCUACAAUCUAGCACACACUUGGCCCUGCCCAGAAACACCCUAGAAUGAGCCUCAGGCUCUGGAGUCUAUGGGAAGCUCCCUUCUCCCACGUGUGAUCUAGAAAAACUUUCCCAGCAUCCCUGUUCUUCCACUGGAUUCUAGAACAACGCCCCCCCCCUUAACCCACCCAGCAUAGGGACAAUCUAGUAUGACCCGACCCAGACCAGUUUCCUGCUGUCUUCUCUUAGCAGUGUGGUGCUAGACAAUCAUUCCUUGCACUCUCCUGAUCAUCCUGAACUAGAACCUGGCUGAUCUAGAACACAGUUGAAAGGAGAUUUGAGUUGAGAAAAGUCUUUGAACUUGAUCCUGCCUGGCCUCCUCCUCCAGCUCUGCUGGUGCCCCUCGAUCCAGGCCUGUAUCCCCUCAGCUCUGCCCCAAAUCCAGUCUGGGGGGUCUAGAUCAGCAUCUAUGGUGUGGUGUGGGGGCGUUGGAGGUGGGGUUUGCUGCACUGUCUCCUGGGCAGGAGGGUCAGACCUGAAGUUGCUCUGCUCUGGAGCAGUGCGGGGGCAGAAAUCUGUGACCUUUAGCUGUGGAUUAAUCCAGACCAGCGCUCGGGAGCCGAUUCCAGAGCCCGGCUCCUGCGCUGGGUUUUAAACCUGUGUUUUAUUUAAAUAAAAUGGAAAAUUUCACAGACAACGA